AUUACCAACUUUGAACAUGCAUGUAAAUUUUUAUUCCCGCGUUAAAAUUCGUAAUAUGCAUUUGGACAAACUUUGUAAUUCUCCCAAAAGCAAUCACGAUUUAAUCAAACGUAUAAACGAAACGUAUCGUAAGAAAUCACUGGCGGCAUACACGCAUACAUUGUGAUCGUCAACGAUAUAGGGGUGGAAGCAAAACAAUUGUUCGGUAACGUAAACAUCAUUCCAAGCAGAUUUGCAGCGCGUCAUGAUGUUUACAUUCGAUAACCCGUUCCAUAACUUGUUAUCACUUUCUCACCUAGGAACGUUCCCGUUUCUAUCGCGCGCAUUCAUUCGAUUUUUUUCAUUUCUUUUGUACCGACCGAGCAACAUGACCGGGCGUGCAUCGGUAUCCGCGACAGAAAGUAACAGGAAAUGCCGUACAUAGGGAACGCGCGCGGUGCGCUCCGAUCGUAACAUGCGCGUGAAGCGUGCGCUUCAAGCUCGUGAACAGAGAUAGAAGAAGAGGGAAAAAGCAGUUACAGGAGUGAGAGAGGGUGUACGUGGCAGGGUUGGUUGGUGGAGAUGGCACGGAGACCGGGAUCUGCAAGCAAGGAGAGCGGCAGAGGGCGGAGGAGGAGGGAGGAAGAGAGGAUAGGGAAGAGAAGGGUGGUAGGGCUGGUUAAAUGACGGCUAGUUGGUGGCGCGGGGAUGAGCGGGCGGCUGGUGCGUGGAAGAGAGGGAUGCUGGGGCGGUUCAAGCGAGAUCGAGUUCACGCCAAGUGAAGUACGGCAGUUUGUGUCAGACCACGGAGCACGGAAGAUGCUCCCGGUUGUUUACGGAACGGGUGGACCACCCUCGUCGCGGUGGCGGCGCCGCGCCACUAUUUUUCUCGGUUCCGGGUCUGGAAACACCAGAAACAUCGCGAAUUCUUCUUGGAUCAUCAAGCCAAUAUCCACUGCCACCGUGAUGACCACCGCUUUGGGCCUUUUAAUGGUAUUGCUGCCUGCGGCGUAUCCGGAGAAGAUCUCCAUCGGUGCAAUUUUCGAGCAGGGUACCGACGAAGUUCAGUCAGCCUUCAAAUUUGCGAUGUUCAACCACAACCAGAAUACCACAACUCGGAAGUUUGAAUUCCAGGCUUUCGUAGACGUAAUUAAUACCGCGGAUGCUUACAAGCUAUCCCGCCUUAUUUGCAGUCAAUUCAGCAGAGGGGUGUUCUCCAUGCUGGGCGCCGUCAGCCCGGAUUCGUUCGACACCCUUCAUUCCUACAGCAAUACGUUUCAAAUGCCAUUCGUGACGCCCUGGUUUCCCGAGAAGGUUCUGACACCGUCCUCCGGUCUCCUGGAUUUCGCCAUAAGCAUGCGUCCGGAUUAUCAUCGCGCUAUCAUCGACACAGUGCGAUAUUACGGAUGGAAGAAAAUCAUCUACCUCUACGACUCCCACGACGGUCUGCUCAGGCUGCAGCAAAUCUAUCAGGGUUUGAAGCCGGGAAACGAAUCGUUUCAGGUCGAAACGGUGAAACGAAUACAAAAUAUGUCCGAGGCGAUCGAUUUCUUGCGCAGUUUGGAGGAAUUGAAUAGAUGGAGUAACAAAUACGUCGUGCUCGACUGCCCCACGGACAUGGCAAAAGAUAUCGUGGUAAGCCACGUGAGGGACGUCGCGCUUGGAAAAAGGACGUACCACUACUUAUUAAGCGGAUUGAUAAUGGACGAUCGAUGGGAGAGCGAGGUGAUCGAGUACGGGGCCAUCAACAUCACCGGAUUUCGCAUCGUGGACGCGACACGGCCCUACAUCAAAGAUUUCCUGGCUGGAUGGCAUCGCCUCGACCCGGCCACGUCUCAAGGAGCUGGCCGCGAAUCCAUUUCUGCGCAAGCUGCGCUGAUGUACGAUGCCGUAUUCGUCCUCGUCGAGGCGUUCAACAAGUUUCUGAGAAAAAAGCCUGACAGAAGCAACGUGAGACGGACCGGAAUUCCUGGAAGCAGUCAGAUUACUAACGGUACCAGGGCGCUGGAUUGCAAUAGCAGUCGGGGCUGGGUGACACCGUUCGAAUAUGGCGAUAAAAUUUCCAGGCUACUCAGAAAAGUGGAAAUCGAGGGACUGACAGGGGAGAUCCGCUUUAACGAUGACGGUCGCAGGCACAAUUACACCCUCCACGUUGUCGAGAUGACGGUCAACAGCGCCAUGGUCAAAGUGGCUGAAUGGACGGACGAGGCUGGAUUCCAGGCAAUCGCGGCAAAGUACAUUCGACUUCGGCCGCACGCGGAAAUCGAGAAGAAUAAAACCUACAUCGUCACAACUAUUGUGGAGGAACCGUAUAUUAUGCAGAAAAAAUCGGAUAGCGGAGAGAUAUUGACUGGAAAUGAUAGUUACGAGGGUUACUGCAAAGAUUUGGCUGAUCUCAUAGCUAAGAAACUGGGAAUAACGUACGAACUUCGUAUAGUGAAAGACGGUAAAUACGGUAUGGAAAAUUCUGACGUGCCUGGUGGUUGGGACGGCAUGGUCGGCGAGCUGAUCCGCAAAGAGGCGGAUAUCGCGAUUGCCCCGAUGACGAUCACGUCUGAGCGUGAACGAGUGAUCGAUUUCAGUAAACCCUUUAUGUCACUUGGAAUCAGUAUAAUGAUCAAAAAGCCCAUCAAACAGAAACCGGGGGUUUUCAGCUUUCUGAAUCCGCUGAGCAAAGAGAUAUGGGUGUGCGUGAUCUUCUCGUAUAUCGGUGUGUCCAUCGUUCUUUUUACCGUGUCCAGGUUCUCCCCGUACGAAUGGCGAGUGCUGACACUGAGCAGUGGUGGUGAUCCCACAAUGGGGACGAGAAACGAUCCCACGCUGCAACAUCCACACGGGUCGCAGGGGUCGCCUCAUAUACCCACCUCGAGCAUGGCGAACGAUUUCAGUAUCAUAAACAGCCUUUGGUUCGCUCUGGCCGCUUUCAUGCAGCAGGGUUGCGACAUAUCGCCCAGAUCGAUAUCAGGACGAAUAGUCGGCAGCGUGUGGUGGUUCUUCACCCUGAUCCUAAUCUCCUCGUACACCGCCAACUUAGCCGCUUUUCUAACGGUGGAGAGGAUGGUCGCGCCGAUUAACUCGCCGGAAGACCUGGCCUCGCAGACGGAAGUGCAAUACGGCACGUUAUCUCACGGCUCGACUUGGGACUUUUUUCGCAAAUCGCAGAUUAAUUUGUACAGCAAAAUGUGGGAGUUCAUGAACUCGAGGAAGCACGUGUUCGUGAAAACGUACGACGAGGGUAUUCGAAGGGUGAGGACCAGCAAAGGGAAGUACGCCCUGUUGAUCGAAAGCCCGAAGAACGAGUACACGAACGAGAGAGAGCCCUGCGACACGAUGAAAGUCGGCAGGAACCUCGACGCCAAGGGUUUCGGAGUGGCGACGCCGUUGGGAUCCCCUCUCAAAGAUCCGAUAAAUCUGGCCGUGCUCUCGUUGAAAGAGAACGGAGAACUGACGAAACUGGUGAACCGAUGGUGGUACGAUAGAACAGAAUGCAGGCACGGUGACAAACAGGACGCCUCCAGAAACGAAUUAUCCCUCAGCAACGUGGCAGGGAUAUUCUACAUUCUUAUCGGUGGACUGCUUUUAGCCCUAGCCGUUGCAUUGCUGGAAUUCUGUUACAAAUCGCACACGGAAGCUACUAGAGCAAAAAUCCCGUUGUCGGACGCGAUGAAGGCGAAAGCCCGAUUGACGAUCGGUGGCGGUCGAGAUUUCGACAAUGGCCGGUGGUACGGACUGCAGAGUUAGACGGAGGAUGCAUGCGCCUUUCCCGGGACCAUAUUACUACGCACCGGCAAACGCGAUUGGCAAUACCGAGGGCGACCAGGUGCACAGCAAUACGCAUACCCAGGUGUAAAUUACCUGGAAAGCCACAGCAUGGAAAGCCCUGGCGAGUCGCCCGCGAUCUCCCUGCCCACGCCUCCGCCGCCGCCCCUGGUGGCGUCUCUGCCUCCACCGCCGCCGCCCCCGCCGCCCAGAAGACCGCAACGAAGAAGCGUCACCUUCGCCGAAUCGCCGCCAAAGAGCCCGAAGAGGACGAGGUUCUCGCCGUUCCUGCGAAGGCCGAGCAUCACCGUGCUGGACGUCGCGGUGCCCUGGACACCGGCUUCGCCGCGGGUCUGGUCCGGCCGUCCCGGCGACUACAAGCCCGAGUACAUCACCUAAGAGGAUACAUGUAAACACACGAAACGAGAAGAGGAAGAAGAAGGAGCUCCUUACCCGCGUGGAGGAGCUGGCUCCCGCAGCUCCUCGGAACAUCCAAUGAUCCAACUGAUCCCGCGUUUGCCGCUACUCGAAUCGUCGCGACUCUCGUUCUCCCGUCGCCGAUUAAUUUAUAAAUAUAUAUAUAUAUAUAUAUGCAUUGAAGUUGGAGAGGAAAUUUCGGAGGAAAUCGGGGGAAAGAAGAAGGGUUUUCCGUUUCGUUUCAAGUUCCUCGAAAUCGUACUGCGCGUGAUUUGAGAUGGACUCGGGGAUCGUUCGAUUUCGAUCGAUGCAACGCAUCGGAACGAAGAGGGUGUGCGUGUGCGUGUGCGAGUGGAUGAGCGUGUUCCGGAAAAAACGGGGGGAUUCCUCGUGGUUUGUACAUUGUAUGUAUAUAUAUCGUGGUGCGCGUAAAUGUAAUGUAAUCGAAUAAAAGGUGAAAGGUGGCGGCGAGUAACAAACGACGAGAGGACGAGGGGAUCGCGAUGUUCGAUGUGGUAGAAUUCGAUGGUCCUGGGGUGGGUGCAUGUGCAACUACUUCCGCAACUACUCGACACAACUCAACUGCCAUUUCCGUGGGAGGGGACGUGUUCGUCCCCGCGCACGUGCAUACGUGUAUAUGUAUAUGUAUACGUGUUCCGCGAGGAAGAGCGAAUGGUCGACCGGUUGAAAGAAGGAAGAGGAGAAGAGGGGGAAAGAGGAAAGGGGAAGGUUGGCCAUCGACAGCUAUUUUAUUAUUAUUAUUAAUAGUACCGUUAUAUCCUUUGUUGACGAAUUGCGUUCUUUUUUAUUACACGAAUUCCUUUACAAAUUUGUAUCUCUGACCGUUGCGCAUAGCGUGUUUCGUUGUUGUGGAUCUCGCGAGAAUGGAGAAAGAAGAACAGAGAGGGGGGAGGGAGGAGAGGAACAGAUUUUUUUAACUGACGAACAACACGGUGUAAUAAUCACAUCGAUGAUCGCGUGAACACUGCGUGUGAUAAAUAAUAUAUAUAUAUAAAAAAAUAUAAAUAUAAAUAUAUAUAUAUAUAUGAAUAUACAUACGUAUAGAUACACAUACGUAUCGACAGAACGUGAAAGAGAGAAGGAGAAAUGUGCGAAAGGAGAAUGUUUCGAAAUGUAUGCGUGAGAGGAAUUAGGAUUAACGAUAAACGUGUAAACGCAUUAUUAAGUACCUAUAACAGCCGGUUCGCGCCGAUCCGAGCCGACGAGAGGACGAAAGAAGGGAGCCGUUUCUUUUUUUCCCUCUCUCUCUCUCUCUCUCUUUUCCUUUCUUUUCCCUCGACGGCCGUAAAUUUUUAGACGCGCGCGGGCCGAUUUUCGAGCCGAAUCUCGGACCCCUCCUUCGCCCUCGGCGGAUCGCCGCGAUCUGGCGCACGAACGAACGACGUACGUUUACGGCCAAGGUUUCUCGUGCCAAAAGACGAUAUCUCUCCCCGAUGCAACGCGAUAACGUCCGGUGCCGCGAUGCUGAUACGAAUGGACGCCGCCUCUCCGACGUCCAAGGGAUAUAUUGAAAUAUUAUUUUACGAACGUUAUCGCACCAACGGGUUGAAACGAGGGGGCGUGGCGUGUUAAGUAACACGUUUUCGAGAGGAUCGAGGGGGAUUUUAUUGAAAUUUAUUGCUGGUCAAUGAAUUGAUUGGGUCGAUGAAUUGGAACAAUUUCGAUUUUUAUGAAUUUGGGAAUUUGAAUUUUUUUUUUGUAACGCGAUUCUGAAGAACGUAUUCGAGGCAGGAAAUCAAAAACAAGAAUAUAUAUAUAUAUUUUUAACGAGAUAAGUCCGAAAGGGUAGGAGAGAGUCUGAUUUCGAGAUCAAAAUUUCGAAAAGGAAAUGAAAAGUAAGAGCAAUAUCGUCAUCGUGGCAUUGAACAAUGUAUUCUUCAGGGGAGAUAUAUUCUCAGAGCCAAAUUACACGUUGCGACGUAUAAAACUAUUUUUCUGAGUAUCCACUCGAGCACAAUUUUAUUUGCCGACUGCCAUAGAUCGAAGAAAAAGGGAAAAGAGUACUUGUCAAUUGUUCGUUCGAGCCUGGGUGUCUUCCCACCACGUUCGUUUCCUUUCCACCCGAUAUGUUUUAUACGUGGCAGCGAUACGUGACCGAUCUACCUAUCAUAUCGCCAGAUUUUCUUAUUACGAUUAAUUGUUAUCUAUCCGCGGUUCGAAUAACGAUAGAUUACAAAUAGCCGGGUAUCGAGACGUGACACAAGCGAUGAACACCGCGUGGGGUGAGUUUUAUCGGAGGAUGUCGAGCCGAUCUUUGAUCGAAGGCCGCGCGUUCUCACCAAUUUGCGAAGCGUGAUCCCCCGAUCGAAAUUGAAAAUCGGGCGUCGCGCAGUUUGAACAAUGAUUUCGAAAAGAGGAUGCAAUAAGUGUACAGAUGUCGAGAUUGUUCCCAAAAAUUCUUUUCUCUUAAGAUGAUUCGAUUCGAUCGAAAUAUCCCAUUUCUUUCAUUCUUUUUAUUUGUCAAUUGUUACUUCGCAAAUAAAUCUACGCCAUUUUUGAAACAGUAAGAUGAAAGUUCCAUGGUAUUGGAACGGAUCUUAUCUAUGAGAACGUUGUAUAUAAAAUUUUAUAAUAAAACGUAUCUGAUUAAAGUAUGUGAGUAACGUUUUCGAUGGCUCAAAAUUCUAGAAAUGAUAAUAAUAAUAAUAAUAAGAGAAAGAAAUUUUUGGGACAAUUUGAUAAAGAUGGAAUUUCGAAUUGGAAGGUAACUCGUGUCCCUGGCACGUGACAGCGUGGCGCCAAAUUCGAAUUGUAUAAACGCGACGGUAUUUUUGUUCCCCCUCCCCGUCGUUGUUAACGUUUUUUCAUGUUGAUGUUCGUCGUCACUUUUUCUAAUCAAACACACGAAACGAAACCACCUUCGUUUUAUGAAAAAUGAAGAAACAAUGUAACAAUUCCCGUAUACCGUCCCGGCAUCGUUACGAGAGAAUUUAACCCUCUUCGUUUCCCGUUCGUUUUCUUUUUUUUUCUCUCUCUCUCUCUCGCGUGAAACGAACGAAAAGAGGGGAAAAAAGAUGAACACUCGAAAAACAUUCAGGAUAUUCUAUCUGCUGGAUGAUUGUAAAUACUUUUCUCCUGCGAGGGAAAUAGAAGAAACGUGUACGAUGGAAUUUUUAAUUUUGUAAAAUACAAUAAAGGAAAACUAGGAUGGAGAAAAGUCUUUUUCAGAACAUUUACCGGUAUUUUCUCCAAUGUGAUACGAAUGUUUCUUGAGCAAUUGAAAUCGCUUAGGAAGAAUAAUUAUUUUUUUUUUUUUUUUUUUGGAAGUGUUUACAGUGAUUCAGUAGAAUAGAAUCGGUAUCGAUCAAUGGUUUGUACACCUUCCGAUUCCUUCUCCCAAUUAUACUCGAAAAUGAAUUUGUUGUGAGCAACGUUAUAAACUGGAUGACUGUAAAUAUUUCCUUAUUCGCGAUGAAUAAUAACACUUUUGUAAUUUUUUCAAGAAAAAAAAUAUAUACACAAUACUUGCUUCCUUACUUAUAACAUUCUAUCUAUCAUAUUUUUUUUUCUACUGUCCAAAAGUUAAAAGACUUUAUUACAAAGACUUUGCAAAAUAUCCACGAUCUAAUCAAUCCUAAUGAUACAAAAAGGUACAAAAGAAAGUGAUAAAAACUUAAACUUUUUCUCUGAAAACGCGUCGAAAUGCUAGAUAGAACAUUUUAACUAAGGAUGACAAAAAUAAACCCAUGAUAUAGAAAAAAAUAAAAAAUGAAAAAAAAAAAUAAUAAAAUUCAUCUUCGAUGCUUCGAUUUACAAAAGCUUAAAUAACAAAAAAGAUUCUUAAUUAACCUAAGAACAAUCGAAGCGGUUAAAGGUGGAUAAGUAUUUACGGGAAUCCAGUAGAAUAUCCCAUUAUCUGAUCAGACGAUUGCGCCACGAGCCGUAAAAGGAGGAUGCGCGCAAAGAGACUGAAAGAGGGCGAAUAAAAGGCGAAACUCUUUCGAGACUCGUUUCGAGUCUCAAAAAAGAAAGACAGAAAGAAAAGCGUAAUUACGUGUAAAAAAAAAACGUGUGGGACGAGAUCACGCGACGAGGAUCAAACGAAAAAAAAGAAAAAAAGAAAAGACGAGAACGGAGACAGAACGCAAGCAAAAUGAGAAGAAAAAAAGAAAGGAGAAAGAAAUAAAAAUAGCGUCUUCCAGUUUGCGCUUUCACCGCAUAAGAAUUACGCUUGUACCUUCGAUUCGAGUAUCCUUCGUCAUCUCCCCGUACCAUUCCGUGGCAUGAUACGAUCGAUCCCCUUGUAAAACCGUUGUAUACCAAUCAAAUUUGUCACAAUACAGGAUCGUUUAUUUAAAUGUAAA